GUUGAGCCUGUCUGCGAAAGUUGGUCCAUCGUCGACGACUUGUCCCUCCUUUGCAAUAACCUUUUUCAGUUCUUUGGCAUCUUGCGUCUAGGACUCUCAAGGCCGCUGGCGAAUGUCUUUUAAACUCUCACCGUUACUUGUCUGUUCUUAACCGUGAACACCGGAGAAGGCCUCAUUCGACGCGAUACCCAACAACUUCAUAAUAAGCACGUUGCCUGGUACACCCCGUAGGUAUUACUUGUUGCAAUAUAGGGCUAGACGAGAAGAGAAUGGAUACCUGUUUACUACCUCUACGAAUUCUAUACACAGUCAACAGCGCACCUCAAUACAUCCUCGCGCGAUCCCAUCAACCAGUACAUGUUUCCCUUCUGUUCACUCCCACAACCAAUGGCACGACUGGCCAUGGAGGCGUACAAGUGGUGUUUGGGAAGACGAGCCUAAGGAAUUGUUUGGAUGCAAUAUGUCAAUCUAGCCCAGAGCUUGUCCCAACCGCACAUCGCGAUUUCUCCGUAUACGUACUCGACCCUCUCGAGUCCUCUGCACCCUCUUCGUCAUUACCCUCUACAUCAUCAUCACCCCAAGGCUUGGCGAUUGGGUUCGGUCUCUUGGGUUGGGCGUUACAGGACCCAAGGACUCAAGAAGUCAACGGGAUGCUAGUCUUGAACUCCGGUGGAGCGCCAGAGGCAUUAGAAGUUAUUUUUGCGCUUCGCGAGACUCAACCUAUUCCAAGAUCUUUUGCCACCCCUAGUUUGCCCACUGUCUCAACAAACGCGCAAACAUACGCGCAGCUUGCCACCCAACCCCCAACACGUGCCUCCUCUUUCUCUACACCUGCACCUCCUGGCACUGUCAACCCAGCUUCAUUACUUUCUCUGCAAUCACGACCUUCCUUUACCCCAGCAGCUCACUCGUCGCAGUCGACAGGACAUUGCCCUCUUCCGCCGACAGAUGCGCUUCAGACACUUUUAACGGCCCUUUCGAGUGUAGAGAAAACACCAGAGUUGAUCGCUGCAUUGAAUACGAUUGACGCGUCGCUCUCGUCUACUUUGUCUGGUUCUGCUUCUUCAGCAGUCCCGACCCCACUUCCUACCUCAGGUGGUUCGACUGGUGUGACAAAUGGUGCCCUAAUAGAGGCUUUGACGCAAUUGUUACUCCCUGGUCUCCAAACCUCGACUUCAAACGUGCUUCCAGCAUCUACCUCUGCUGUUGCUAGUUCAUCGCGUGUAACUACUAUUGUUCCCUCGAAGAGGACGUACUCGCAGCCACAUUCGACCCGUACAACUUCGGCAUCCCACUCGCAUCACAUUUCUCAUAGUACGAAUGCAGACUCUGAUGACGAGGUUAUUCUUUUGGAUAAGGAGAAUGUUGAUCCCAGUGCGUUCAAACGACGAUCGAAAGACAAGGACACCAAAAGGAAAGGCAAAGAGACGGAGGUCCAGAAUGUUACUAGCGCUUCUGCUUCUGGUGCAAGUACCAAAAGACGGCCAGCGUUCGCUGCUUCGAGUCCGCCCAGACCUACCUAUCAAGCAUUAUCUCGUUCUGCCACUGCUUCUUCCGUUGCACCAACAUCAUCUCGGAUAUCUACGACUUCUGAUGCAAUAGUCGGAGAGAGCACAAACCCUGUGAGGAGAAAGCGUACUCUCAGUGACUUUAUGGCGGAACGUGAACGAGAGCGCGAAGAGAGCCGGAAGAAAGGACCUGCUUCGACGUCCUGCACGCCAUCAUUAUCCAAGUCCUUGGCCAAGAAGGCCAGUCGGUCAAGACUGUACUCGUCCGGUCAUCCGCAAUCGGAUUCUGGUGUAUUUUGUGAAUCUACGUCCAUGUCUCACUCCCAGUCGAGUGUGCGUAGGACGGAUAAGGGCAAGGGAAAAGAGGAGAAGACUUUGGCUGUCGCAAAAAGCUCGCCACCUAGAUCACGCCGACGUACCUCGGGUAGUUCUCCACCCAAUGCACAGGACGAAAGCGUCCAGCAAGAGACACGACUGUGGCCUCAACUUCCGCCCGGUUCGACACCUCCACGUAAACCAUUCGUCUUGCCAGCUUGGGCACGAACGGAAACGGCGACUCAACCUAGGUUCGCUGAGGGCUUCAAAGCCAAGUCUGAGGACGAGGGCGAGAAGGCAAAAGUAAAGACAAAGAAGAGAAAACGAAUUGGUCAUGGUCAUGCCACUGCAAUUGCACUAAGGGAAGCGUCGAGUCAGGCGGCAGAGGCGUCAUCUUCGCAGUCUGGCACUAUAACAAAUACUCAGACUUUAGGGACGAAAGUGCCAAAGGCUUUGACACCCUCUUCAUCUCAACCUAUGGUGGCCUUUGCAUCAGAUGUGGAUAUCUUUCAUAUUAGUUCUCCAAAGACCCCAGAACUGGCGACGACGCCGUUAUCCCUUUCCCCACGCUCACCUCGUACACCCCGAAACAAGGGGGGUAGCUGGCCGAAAAGACGUCGCACCUCCAGUCAUGGCGACGGUCACUCGCCAGAAGGUCUAUUCGGGUCGCCACUAUUCUCGCCACCCAAGAAACAGUUACAUAGCGUAGGCAAGCUGAAGGCACCGUUGUUCAGCCCCUUACAAAGCACCAUAAGCUCUCACCGUCGACCUCGACGAUCAAGAACUUCGGCGGGGAAUGAUCCCGAAGACGAAGUUUCUGAUACAGAUACUUUUGGUGUGGCGUUGCCCGUUGCUAGUAGUGACUUCGAGGGCGAUGAUACGGACCCUCCAGAGUUACCUCAAUACGAUAGUGGAGUUGAAGAUGAAAAGGAACGUUGGUUACCUCCCUCGUCUCCUUUGCCACCUUCUAGUCCUAUUUGUUCUCCGCUGAGCGACGACAACCUCACCGCCAUGGAGGAAGCCUUGAACCGUCGCGUGGAAGAUGAUAUUCUGCCUCCUUCGAGUCCAGUAUUCUCACCGCAGAGUGACGACGAUGACGCUGUGGCGGAAGCAGAUGUGACUGCUCGAUGGAAUGCACUGGACACAACCGCCAAGCAGGAUACAGAAACAAGUUCUCAGGAACAAGAUCCAUUUGCAUUCUUGUCCGAUUCUGAAGCAUUCUCGGAUUCAUUCUCGGAGGGCAGCAUAUCCAUGGAAGAAUAUGAAGCCUUCUCUUCUGCAUUCCUCUCACGUACCGCGACGCCAGCAGAGGACCCGAAUGACCAUUUCCUUGGCGACCCUUCUUCGACCUCGUCAACGUCGCUGCUGGAAACGCCUUUACCAGAUUUGAAUUUUGACGAGUUCUGGUCGUCUAUGGCACCAUUGCUAGGAGAUAGCGUAGUGGCCGUAGCGGGCAACGGCGACAACGGUUUCUCAACCAGUGAGACGUCAGGAACGGAUGUUCUUGGAGAACAGCCUCUUGCAUUGGAUACGGGCAAGCUGGCAGAAGGUAUGCAGACGUUGUUGAGCGGAUGUGUCUUGUAAUCCUAGACACCUUGCAACACUCUUCGUGUGCAUAGGUUAUGCUAUUAUGUGAUAUAUGGAAUUUCGCAUAGUUCAUGGAACUUUUCAGGAAGUCCUUUAUUUGUGGCAUGGGCUCUAAAGCAGUGUAGCAAAUAACGAUGAGUCGGUAACUUUGUCUGUACAGGGAUUUGCUAUGAAAGUCAGAGCCUGUCCCUCUCCAUUGAUUCUCCACAG